UGGUAUUUUAAUGCUUAUGUUAAUAAUGCUUUAUUUUUAAAUAGUAUUCUUAAAAAUAGCUACAAAAAAUGUUUUUUUGAAAGUCCCUGUUGUCGUUUCAGAGCCCCUCCUUUGAAAGCCUUACUAGAAAUACUUAUGUAUAGAAACAUUUAGUGACAUUUGUCUAUUUACAAAAUUUCUAAAAGAUGCAAAAGCAUGAUGAAGAAGAUACAGUUUCAUCAUUCCAAGUAACCAUUAUGAAUAUGGUUACACUGGGUAUACAUCUCCAUUAUCUUUCUAUGCAGAGAUGAGUGUAUGGAUUUUUCUAAAGUGGAUUCUGUAUUGUAACCUUUCCCCCCACCCCCGACUUUAUAGCAUGCCAUUACAUGGCUGUCAUAAUUUAUUUAGUUGAUUGUUCCAUUUUACACUACUUAAAAACAUUGUUGAAGAAAUGUAAAAUCUGCACAGCCAUGAUUACUUCUUAGUGUACAUUCCUAGAUGAUAGAAUUGUUGGGUUUGUCUUUUUAAAAAUGUAAAUUGCUCGGUUUCCCUCUGGAAAGGAUGUGCGAUUUUCCCUCCCACUAACAAUCUGUGAGUAUCUUUUUCUACACCCUAGCAAAAGACAACAUUUAAAGGAUUUCUACUGGCUCACUUUGGGGCCGUUUCUGUUCUUCUCUCCAACUGAGUACAAGUAUCAUUCUCUAGCUAUCCUUUUUUUUUUUUCUUAUUGGUUUCAGCAAUUCAGUUUCUCAUCUUUUAUUCCACCCUUAACCGUUUAGUAAAGAAUGGUUAUGCAGGUGAGGCAAAGGCAUCAUAGAGUGAACAAGAGAUUGUACUCAGGACUUCCUUAAAUUCGAGUGUCUCUGAUUACCUUGAACAAGCCACUUACCUUUUCUAAGGGACUGUUUCCUCAACUCUAAAGUAGAUAUUAUAGCGCAUUUGCCUUGCGUUUCUUACAGGGUGGUUUUAAGGGUCAAAUGAGACAUUUAUGGAAAGUACGUUUAAACAUACUCUGUCUUGUGGCCAAUUAUUGCUAUCUUGUAAAAAUUUCAGAGCACAAGAGCAUCUUGAUUUUUUAAAGUAAAUUUCUGAAUUCAAAAAAGCCAUUCUGUGAUACCAUUUGCCCCACUCUCUUUCACUUCUUAAAUUCGAAGUUUUAGAUUUCUGUCCUAGAUUAUAUUCAGAACGCUAUCAGAGUUAUGAAAUUAGGUGAAUGAAUGAAUCUACACAAAUGUUGAAGCAGCAAAUAUUUAAAGGCACUAUAUAUAAAAUUGAGGGGGAAAAUAUAAAGCUAAAUAAAACACAAUCCUUGGGAUCAUGAUAAGUAAAACAUAGUCUUUGUGCCCUACAGGCUACAGAAAGAAUGUCCAGGCAGCUAGAAGGUGGGAAAGCUGCUUUCCAAAUUUAGACGGCAAUUUUAGAUGUGAUGCAGGAUGUCAACUAUUCUCAAGCAUGCUAAAGUCCAAUUCUGCUGACCGAGCAUCUGCACAAAUGACCAGGCACUCUUGUCAGGGUCAUCUUUCUAAAGAAUAAAUCCAGAAUUUCCAAGAAGGAAACUCUGGGGGAAAAUAACAAAGUCAAGGAAAGAAUCCCAGGGGAGAUGCUGGUCAAACAGUCCUGAAAGAAGAUUUGUCAAGUGGAGUGAAGGAAGACCAUCUGUGUGUGUAAAAAGUAAAUAGUGGCUCACAUGUCAGAGGAUGGCACGGUCACGCUCUAGAUCCCCCAGGUGGAAACACAGGUCAUUAUCACCAGUACCUAGAAAUUCUGAACACUACAAGCAAAGGUACUCUCACGGGCAUUAUGGCUGUGAAUAUAGGAAGGAUCCAAAGAGACCCACCACUUGGCGAAUGGACAGUGAGAAACAUGGACAGAGUAAACCAAGGAUUCCUUCUCGUGGAAAUAUACAUUACCGAUCUUAUGAACAUAGAUCACCUUCCCCAAACAUAAGAAGAACCUCUUCAGAAAAUGUUUAUACUUUUAAGCCUUACCGAGAAUACUUACCAGGAAGAAGAGAUGGUAACAGAGGAUUGCACUAUAUGCCCCAAUACUCAGAAGGUGUACCUUACAAAGAGAACCAGAGGAAUUUUUAUCCCCAGAAAGUACAAGGAAGGUAUAUUCCUGAUGACCACAGAGUUAGAGGAAGUGGAAAAGGAGGGAAGCCACCUCAGAGGUCAAUAGCAGAUUCUUUUAGGUUCGAAGGAAAGUGGUAUGAAGAUGAGUUGAGGCACCAGAGGAUACAAGAUGAAAACCAUUCUCAGUCACUUAGAAGAGGCUCUGAAGACUUUGAGAAAAGGAGCUCUUUUCAGAAGAGGUAUCCUGAGGAUCGUGAUUUCAGAAAAUAUGGACACACAUCAAAAAGACCUAAAGACGUGGAGAGGUACGAAAACAGAGAUCCUGCCAGGAACCCACAGUGGAAGUUCGAGCAUUCUCUUCCAACUUACCAAGGGAAGAAAGAGCAACGGAACCUUGGGCCCCAAACUCAUCGAUAUGCUCAGAGGGAACCCCCAGAGACCAGUUCGGCAACCAGGGUAUCCUGUGACUAUCGCCACAAACGUCCUAAGACGUCAGGUGGGGACCAGGACUUUUCUGCUGGAAGAAUUCCGAAGUACUCUAAGGAAGAAGAGAGAAAAUACAGUUCUCAAAAAGGCCCCGUAAAUAGACAGUCCAUUUGUCUUACUGCUGGAAGAGGGAGAGAGACUGAAGGUGGGCAAGUCCAAGAACCUCUCACACCAUCUAAGAAAGACUGCACUGCCUCUACUCGCUCGCGCGAAAGUGACAUUGGCCUGAGACCCUACAAUGACAAACAGAAGGAGAAAAUAAAGAAAGAUGGGGAUGGCGGAAAAGAGAGCAACUCUUCCAGUAACCAACUCGAUGAAAGUAACAAACUUUCCAAUGUGAAACCUUCAUCUGCCAGUCUUAGGAAGAAAUCACUUACUGUUAAAGUAGAUGUGAAGAAAACAGUAAAUACAUCCAGGGUUGCUUCUAGCUAUUCCACAGAGAGACAGAUGUCACAUGAUUUGGUUGCUGUUGGCAGGAAAAGUGAGAACUUUCAUCCAGUGUUUGAACAUCUUGACUCAACUCAGAAUACUGAAAACAAACCUACAGGAGAAUUUGCUCAGGAAAUCAUAACUAUAAUCCAUCAAGUUAAAGCAAAUUAUUUUCCAUCACCUGACAUUACUCUACAUGAGCGUUUUUCAAAAAUGCGAGAUACACACGCUGCAGAUGUAAAUGAAGUUAAAUCGAAUUCAGAUCCAGAAAUUCACAGGAGAAUAGAUAUGUCUUUGGCUGAGCUUCAGAAUAAACAAACAAUGGUAUAUGAAUCAGAACAGACUCUGGUCAAAAUAAUAGACCCAAAUGACCUACGACAUGACAUUGAAAGAAGGAGAAAAGAACGGUUACAGAAUGAAGAUGAGCACAUUUUUCACAUAGCUAGUGCUGCAGAGAGGAAUGAUGAGCAUUCCAGUUUUUCAGGGUUGAAGAAUAUUCAUGUUGAUGAAUUCCAAAAACCUAUAGGUUUUACAAAAUCAAAUUUUAGAAAAUUUAUUCAGAAACCGCACAUGAGUUAUACCAUGCAGGAAAAAGACGUCAUUACUCACAAACCCUUUGGAGCUGAGGGAAACCGUCAAAACACAACAAGCUUUAGAAGACCAUUUAAGACCAACUUUAGAGGUGGCAGAUUCCAGCCCCAUUAUAAAUCAGGCCUAGUACAGAAGAGCUUAUACAUUCAAGCUAAAUAUCAGCGUUUACGAUUUGCUGGCCCAAGGGGAUUUAUCACUAAUAAAUUCAGAGAAAAAUUACUGAGGAAGAAAAAGGGGUAUACAAACAUUGCCACCCCAGUCUAAUCUGGAAUUGUUACAAACGGAAACGACACUACAGGAUGGUAUUCGGGAGCAUCUCUUUUUAUCAGAAGUUAGAAUUGGCACUCAAGCACUAAUACUGUAAUUUCCUUGAUAACAUAACUUUAUUUUUCUGUAGCAGAAUGCUGCAACUUUUUUACACUUAACAAUUGCUUUUAAAUUACAGUAUUCAAUGUAAAAGUUGUAUUAACUACAGUUUCUUUUGCAAAAAGUCUUACAAGGGCAUUAUUUGUUGAUGUGUUUUUCUCUGAGCAUGGUUUCAUAGAGAACUUAACUGAGUUACAUCCAGAUGUUUAUAUGUUGAAAGUUUUGCUUAUGUAAUAAAAACAAAAAAAAAGUAUCUGAAUUGUAUAGUGUCUGUACAUGAAAGAACUUUAAACAGUGGCCUUAUGGUAGCAAAUUUUAUACCAGUUUUUCUUUUUUCUGAUGAUAGUUUGGCUUAUAACUUGAAGUUUUCUUAAGUUUCUGAAGAUCAAGGCCUAUAUGAUUUAUACAUUUCAUAUUAUGAUAUAAGAAGGCAAGAGAAAAGGUGCUUCAAAAUUUCCAUCAGGUAGUUAUGAGUGCACUGAAUUUUUAGUAAUUGGUUCAUUCAGUUUUUUCCACAACUAUUUGCUCUUUCCAAUUUCAAAAUGCUAUUGUGGAAAAUAUGUAAAGAUUUUGUAAUCUCUGUUCCAUCUUAUUUUCCCCUCAGGGCAAGCUUGUGCAUAUCCUGUUUUUAAAGGCUUUUUAAAAAUCUGACAGACAAAAUUUCAUAUUUGGAAAUUGUACUUUACUACUACAGCAUUAUACAUUUUGCAAACACAUAAAGUGUUUAUUUUCAGUUCAGUUGUAUUGAGUACGUACUAUCAUAAGGUAAAAUUGAUGGGAUUUUAAAUAAUAUUUUAAGUCCCGGUACCUUAUUUCUUUAUGUUUUCUGUGUUCUGCUUAAUAGUACAUACACAUUCCCCGUUAAAUUUCUGUGAACUGCUUAUUUGUAAUAAAAUAAAAAACUGUUGCUCCUCCUGCUCGAAGAAGUUA